UCCUGUUCUUUUUAUAGCCGGGCAGCUGAAAUGUGAGGGGUCACAAUGGGAGGAUAAAUACAAGGGCCAGCAGGCUGGAGGGGUGUCGCAGACGAAGGCCGGAUCUUCUUCCUCUCCUCUCUCUUCUCUCAGCUCUCCUCCUAAACUCAAAGAGUCAGGAUGCCUCACGCAUACCCCUUCCUCACUCCUGAGCAGAAGAAGGAGCUCAGCGAUAUUGCUCAGAGGAUUGUCGCUCCCGGCAAGGGAAUCCUCGCCGCAGACGAGUCCACCGGCAGCGUGGCCAAGCGCUUCCAGAGCAUCAAUGCUGAGAACACUGAGGAGAACAGGAGGCUGUACCGCCAGCUCCUCUUCACUGCUGACGACCGCAUCAACCCUUGCAUUGGUGGCGUCAUUCUCUUCCACGAGACCAUGUACCAGAAGACUGACGAUGGCAAGACCUUCCCCCAGUACCUCAAAAACAGAGGCAUGGUGGUGGGCAUCAAGGUCGACAAAGGUGUUGUCCCCCUGGCCGGGACCAACGGCGAGACAACCACCCAGGGUCUCGAUGGACUGUAUGAGCGCUGCGCCCAGUACAAGAAGGAUGGUGCUGACUUUGCCAAGUGGCGCUGUGUGCUGAAGAUCACCCCUACCACUCCCUCAAAACUGGCCAUCCUGGAGAAUGCCAACGUCCUGGCUCGCUAUGCCAGCAUCUGCCAGAUGCACGGCAUCGUCCCCAUCGUUGAGCCUGAGAUUCUUCCUGAUGGUGACCACGACCUGAAACGCUGCCAGUACAUCACUGAGAAGGUCCUGGCCGCUGUUUACAAGGCCUUGUCCGACCACCACGUCUACCUGGAGGGCACCCUGCUCAAGCCCAACAUGGUUACAGCCGGGCACUCCUGCUCACACAAGUACAGCAACCAGGAGAUCGCCAUGGCAACUGUUACCGCCCUGCGCCGCACUGUACCCCCUGCAGUCCCUGGCAUUACCUUCCUCUCUGGUGGCCAGAGUGAGGAGGAAGCCUCUGUCAACCUGAAUGCCAUGAACCAGUGCCCUCUGCACAGGCCCUGGGCCCUGACCUUCUCAUACGGCCGUGCCCUGCAGGCCUCUGCCCUCAAAGCCUGGGGUGGCAAGAAGGAGAAUGGAAAGGCAUGCCAGGAAGAGUUUAUUAAGAGAGCUCUGGCUAACAGCCUGGCCUGCCAGGGUAAAUAUGUUUCCACUGGAAGCAGCGCUGCAGGUGGAGAGUCACUGUUCGUGGCUAACCAUGCGUAUUAAGCAGGGACUCUCACCGUUUCCCUUUCCACCUUCUUCCCACAUUUAUUGCAUCACCACGGAAAAGGCCACGUCUUCUUAGACCCUGCCUGUGAAACUGUCUCUCCACUAUUCAGCAAUUUUACAGCAUCUUGGUAGAAAGCAAAAGAUGGAAAAAAAAAAAAAAAAACUUUUCUUUGAGUUGUUGCUGUAGCUAGGAGAUUCCAAAAAAAUGUUCUGCCUCCAUUCCCUUACCUUUUAUUUGUAAACACCUUUUUUCAGGUGAAGAUUCCCACACUGUUUUUACACAACUUGUAAGAUUCUUUCCUUGAUUCCAGCAAGUGCAGUAUAUAAUUGAUACUGGUACCAUGGAAUAAAACCUUUACCCUA